ACUACACUGAAGCUGAAGCGUUAAGAUGGUCUCCUCUUUUGGCGUGGUGUUGAUCCUGUGUGUGGCCAUUGUUCAACAUGUAGACAGUUGUUUCUCGGCGGGGGGAUCCGUGUAUACUCGAUGGGGUCACAACAAGUGCCCCAGAAGUGCCAGAUUAAUUUACGCAGGUCUUGUUGGGGGAUCUCAUUAUUCACAUCGUGGAGCUGCAGUGGAGCCACUCUGUUUACCUAAACACCCACAAUGGGGACGCCAUAACGGAAGAACAGAUGCUCCUAGAGGAUUCAUCUAUGGUGCUGAAUACGAAGUUCAUCGUGACGUCAUCCAUUCUCAUCUUCACGACCAAGAUGUGCCUUGUGCCGUCUGUGAGACUCGCAGAGGGAAAGGCAUAAUAGUUAUUCCAGCGAGAACAUCCUGUUAUCGGGGUUGGAGAAAAGAAUACUCGGGUUACCUGAUGACUGGUAGAUAUACUCACCCGGCUGCCUCCACCUACUCCUGUGUGGAUCAACACGCCCAGCCUGCGGUGGGUGGACAUCAAAACCAUAACGGGUACCUGUUCUACCUGGUGGAAGCACGCUGUGGUAGCCUGAAAUGUCCGCCGUACCACAACGGAUGGGAGAUUACCUGUGUUGUGUGUUCGAAAGCCUGAGACACUUUAUCAUUUAGCAUUGCAAUAAAAAUAUAUCGAGCAA